AUGUCUUCGACUACCACAAAAAUAACUGAAGAUGAUAACGAUCCUAUAGUCAUCAAACAAAACGACGAUACGAAUGUUGUCAAGCUAGAUAUGCGCGAGUCUUUAAAGGUCCCUCAUUCAGAUCCGUCCAAUCCCUUUGCUUUUAUUCCAGAUCAAUUAUCAGCCUUACAUGAUCCAAAGAAUAUCGAGCUAUUACAUAUCUAUGGCGGAAUGGAUGGUCUUGAAAAGGGUUUACAUACAGACAGAAACCAUGGUCUAUCACAAUUGUAUACUCCCACAAACCAGCCAUCCUAUCAACCCAUCUCAUUGAAAGAUAUCACAUCUGAUCCAUCGCAAUUAAAGGAUCCCUCACCUUCAGAUGCAGCAGCAGUAGCACCAGCACCAGCAGCAGAACCUACUCAUAAUCGUAUCAAAAAGAGUCAUACUGGCCUAUCGAUCAAAUCAGCAACGAACGAUACCCAUCAUUCGCACCAAGAUACAGUCAGAAGCGGUAUCUUUGGUAUCAAUACUUUGCCACCUGUCAAAGCAAAAAAUAUCUUUCAACUUAUGUGGAUGGCAUUCCAAGAUAAAACGCUGAUCUUAUUGGCUGUGGCUGCCGUUGUUUCCCUAGCAGUUGGUAUCUAUGAAGAUAUUGCUAUUCCCGAGUAUGAUCAUCAAGGAAACAAAAUUGCUGGUGUAAAGUGGGUCGAAGGUGUAGCUAUUAUCAUAGCCAUUUUGAUCGUCGUGAUGGUGGGCUCCGUCAAUGAUUUUCAGAAAGAAAAGCAGUUUCGAAAAUUAAAUGCCAAAAAAGAUGAUCGCAUUGUCAAGGCUACACGUGAUGGUCAGAUCGUACAAAUUUCAGUGUAUGAUAUACAAGUGGGUGAUGUGUUACAUUUGGAACCAGGAGACAUCGUAGCUGCUGAUGGUGUCUAUAUUGAAGGCCAUAAUGUCCGCUGUGACGAAUCAGCGGCUACCGGAGAAUCAGAUGCUGUACGUAAACAAUCCUUCGAGUCCUGCUAUAGGUUGCAUCAUCCUGAACAAGUGAAAGAAGAGAAAGAACAUCUGAACGAUACCCAAUUCUUGUCGAUACCCAACGAAAAUACCCAACACCAACAACAACAAGAUUCUUCUAUCAGCUCCAUUGCUUCUUCUUCUGCAUCGACCACCAAAGCGAUCAAGAAAAAAGAAAAUGUCAGCAGCAGCGGCAAAUCCCUGCCUGACCCUUUCAUUCUCUCUGGCUCCAAAGUCCUUGAAGGUGUGUGUACUUAUCUUGUCACUGCUGUCGGUGUCCACUCUUACUAUGGACGUACCAUGAUGGCCCUUCGUACGGACAAUGAAUCCACGCCUCUUCAACAAAAGCUCAAUGGCAUUGCUUCUAUGAUUGCUAAAUUGGGCUCUGCCGCUGGUCUCUUGAUGCUUAUUGUCUUGUUUAUCCGCUAUUUCGUCAGUUGGAAAUAUCAUGGCGUUCCCACUAUCCCUACUGAAAUCGUUCAGCAAAUCAUGGGUAUUCUUAUCGUCGUGGUCACCAUCAUCGUCGUCGCUGUCCCUGAAGGUUUGCCGCUCGCUGUGACCUUGUCGCUCGCUUAUGCCACGCAACGUAUGUUGAAAGAUAACAAUCUGGUCCGUGUUCUGGCUGCCUGUGAAACCAUGGGUAAUGCGACGACCGUUUGUUCUGAUAAGACAGGUACUUUAACUCAAAAUAAAAUGACGGUGGUAGCCGGCACGUUAGGUUCCUCUUUCCGUUUCCUUCAAAACCCGCCCGCCAACCGUUCAGACUUGAACGAUAUCCGUUCCAUAUCUGAAAAGGUACCUGCUCCUAUUUUGCAACUCAUAAGUCAAGGGAUUGCCGUCAACUCCACUGCUUUUGAAACGGCGACCACGGAAGAGAAGCUGGACAGCAGCAAGAAUGAAAAGAACAACAAGAAGAACAACACGACUCCUCCUGAAACCGUCACCACGACCUCUUUCGUGGGUAACAAGACCGAAACUGCCCUUUUGCAAUUCAAUAAAAGUUAUUGUCAGUCCGACCUCUCCCCUGACUAUGACACUUUGCGUCGCACGUGGCCUAUCGAACAAGUCUUUCCUUUCAGUUCGGAGCGUAAGGCCAUGGCGACCAUCCUACGCUUACCUCAUCCACACAAAAAAGGUGAAUUCAUCUGGCGUGCCCAUAUUAAAGGCGCUUCUGAAAUCCUGUUGGAACACUGUGGCUCCAUUCUCACUCUCAACCCUGCCAACUACAAAGCCGAGGAUGGUGAUGAUGUCAAGACACGUCCUUUGUCUCAAGAAGACCAUCGUCGUAUGGAACGCAUCAUUCAAAGUUAUGCUACCCGUAGUCUGCGCACCAUUGGUAUGGCUUACCGUGAUUUCGAGUCUUGGCCGCCUUCAGCAUCCUCUCAAGCGGGUCGUCAUGCUGUCAAGGUGGGUGAAGAAGUGGAAGUACCCUAUGAAGAUCUUGUCGCCAACCAAGGUUUAACGCUUAUUGGCGUUGUCGGUAUUGAGGAUCCUCUACGUCCUGGUGUCAAAGAAGCCGUCAGUGCUUGUCAACGUGCUGGUGUCUUUGUUCGUAUGGUGACCGGUGAUAAUGUCGUUACAGCCAAGUCCAUCGCUAAACAAUGCGGUAUCUAUACUACCGGUGGUAUUGUGAUGGAAGGUCCUGUGUUCCGUCAUUUAGCUCCCAGUGAAAUGGAUGCUAUUUUACCUCGAUUGCAAGUCUUGGCCCGUUCGAGUCCUGAAGACAAACAAAUCUUGGUCGGCCGUUUACGUGAACUGGGUGAUAUCGUGGCUGUCACUGGCGACGGUACCAAUGAUGGUCCGGCCCUCAAAUUGGCCGAUGUCGGUUUCUCCAUGGGUAUUGCCGGUACCGAAGUGGCCAAAGAAGCAUCGAGCAUCAUUCUGAUGGACGAUAAUUUCUCAAGUAUUGUGAAGGCUAUCAUGUGGGGUCGAUGCGUCAAUGAUUCCGUCAAGAAGUUUUUGGAGUUCCAACUCACGGUCAAUGUCACGGCCGUCAUCUUGACCUUUGUGUCCGCCGUCGUCAGUUCGACGCAAAAGUCAGUCUUGACCGCUGUUCAAUUGUUAUGGGUCAAUUUAAUCAUGGAUACCUUUGCUGCUUUGGCUUUGGCCACGGAUCCACCGACGGAAGAGCUUUUAGAACGCCCACCAGAACCUCGCUCAGCUCCCCUGAUUACCUUCAAAAUGUGGAAAAUGAUCAUUGGCCAAGCGAUCUUCCAAGUAGUCGUUACCAUCAUCUUGCUUUACAGUGAUAUCCUACACUAUGAUGCUGGCGAUAUUGUCUUGCAAACGAUUGUCUUCAACACGUUUGUCUUUUGCCAGAUCUUUAACGAAAUCAAUUGUCGACGCAUUGAUUCCAAGCUCAAUAUCUUCCAUAACAUUCUGGCCAACAAGUUCUUUAUGUUUAUCUUUUUCUUCUGUAUCGCUCUGCAAGCUAUCAUUGUCAAUUUUGGAGGUGCUGCUUUCCAGGUCACUCCAAUUGAUGGUGUGGGUUGGGCUAUUUCGAUUAUCGUCGGUCUUUUAUCCAUCCCUAUUGGUGUUGUCGUCCGAUUGAUUCCGGAUGGCAUCUUUUCAUUCGUCUUUAUGUUCAAUCCUCGUGCUCGACAAAGAUAUUUGGGUGGUCAACAUCUUCAUGGUUUAGAAAGCCCUAGCGUGUAUAUAGCAGGCAAUGAGCGCAUCAACUGGAAUAACCCAAGGUCAAACACAGUAGGUAGUGCAGGCGGCUUCAGUUUUGCCUCCACUCAUUCUCCAUUGCCAUCAUCCAAGAAGCCCCAGCUACAUCAGGAUAUGGACAUGGGCAUCAACGAAGCGGCACCUGCUUACAAUAUCUCAUCUACAUUACCUGAAUAUUAUGCCGAAGAAAAAUUCGACGAGCAAAAUGAAAACACCGUUUCUUCUACUGGCUCACUCGAUCUGCAGCAACAACAAGGAAGAACCUAA